AUGUCCAUUUGGAGAACUCCGUUCUCUAGUCUCUGUAACCAUCGCCAACUGACCGAGUUCUAUGUCCUUCACAUCGAGAAGGCCACACCCCCUGGUUCCCAUGGCAACAGCUCCGCCAACCACAGUGACAAGUGUGUCCUGAGUGAUGUAUGGGUGGUGCCAGUGAGUGAGCUGGGGACUAGCGACAGACAGAUACACUGUCGGUCUCAUCUCGGACAUCUCCUCCAUGACGAGGACUGCGUGUGGGGGUUUGACUUGUCCCAGGCAAAUCUGAAUGAUGCUAAUCUGGACAAGAUGAACCCUGCAGACAUCCUGAUGUGGUGGGUUUCUGUUGUCAAAAGGCUCACUACCCUACCACCUCCUCAUGAACGGCUUCCUGCCUCCUCACUCUGCUCAACAAGGAGGUGGCAGCUAUGUCCUGGUGAAGAAGAGCUACGGAGACAAGAUCCAGGACACCAGACAGUGGCAGUUGGGGACAGUGAUGUCAGUGAAGAUGUUCCAAGAGUAGGUCUGGAAGAAAUGCUCCAGGAAAUGACUAUUAAUGACAGGAGAGACUAAUUAUAAUACCUAAUUUCCUCGAUUCAGUUGAAAGAUCCAUUUUUGUGAGAGUAUAAUAUACAAGCAAGUCCAUAGAAUGUGAUCUUUAACUGCUUACAUGUAUUCUGCGCAGUGUUUUAUGUAACAACAUGGGAUGUAUAAA